CAACUGCAAACUACUCAGAGCAACGCCGUCUUAACCUCUAUGAGAGCAUUUACAAUUGAAACUCGCAGCGAAACGGAUGUGUUCUUUCGUUUAACUGCACGGAAAAUUUUUAAAUAUUCAAGAAGUGAUUUUAAUUGAAAUUCCAAAAUAAAGCGUUUUUGCAAGAAUUUUUUUGAGUGAUCAAAUAAAAAACAACCAAAUAUAAUAAUUCGCAGUGAUGUGGCCAAUAAAAUUCGUUUAAAUAAUAUGUGUACACACUUAUAAGGCUUACGAAACUAUGUGCAAUUAGAUAAAAAAAAACGUUUUAGAAAACGUGACCUGUUGAAUAAUGAAAUACAUUCUCAAUAAGACAAAGUGCAAAAAGAUAUAAGUUAGUUAAUAAAUGAGCUAGCUAAUAGCAAAAGCAUCAAGUGCUCUCUCUUCCUCUCUUCCCGAUAAGUAAAAUGUUAAUAAGAGUCAUAUAAACUUAUAAGCAAAUAAUAACAGUAAUAAUAAUAAUAGGAUAAGAGGAAUACAAUGACGAUGUUCUUCUUCAAUGAGGUGAAAAAAUGCCAAAUGCAAAAUGAUAAUGAAUGUUGUAUACAAUACUAGAAUACACUGCAAGAAAUUAGAGGAAAAACAAAAUUAACAAUAAUUAAAAACCUAAAAGGUAUUAAUACAAUAAAGCUAAUGUGCCAUUUUGAGAUUCGAUUCCAGUCUUAAGUUUCUUAAUUCAAAACAAUCUAAUGAAAGAAUUAAAAUAUUUAACAGAAAUCAAUAGUAUUGAAUAAUACCUGAUUUUAAUAUAAAACAACGAACAUAUUUUCAAGACAAAAUAUCUUUCAAGUAAAAGUACACAGUUGAAAAUCAACACCAAAAUCUCCCACAAGGCAUUACCUAUAAAUUAUAUGAGAAAAAGCAACCAAUUCGCCGAAAAUAUUUGCCGUUUCCUCGGAAAAUCCAGUUGUAAUUGUUCCCAAUGAAUGCCACGGACGAGGAUAAUAACAAGAAUAUAAAACUACAAACGUGAACUUAAUUUUUUUUAUAAUGGACUGGUUACUAGAAACGCCACAAUUAUAUAGUGCAUUCUCCUCUCUGGGCUCCCUGAUGGGAGAUACCUAUGUCGUAAGUGAGAAGGUUCUAGAUACAUUGGAAGAGAUUGAUUAUAAGUUGACAUACGAAGAUCAAACUCUUAGAACAUUUCGAAGAGCAGUAGGUUUUGGGAAGAAUGUAAAAUCCGAUUUGCUACCAUUGCUGGAGAAUGCCAAGGACGAGGAAGUAUUCGAUUCGGUCAUACGUAUAUUGGUGAAUUUAACUGCCCCAGUGGAAUGUCUAUUCUCGGUUGAUGUCAUGUAUCGUACUGAGGUAGGAAGAUACACCAUAUUUGAAUUGAAUAAUUUACUGCAUACCAGCAAGGAGGCCUUUACGGAACCCAAGAGUACCAAAUGUGUCGUCGAGUAUAUGACACGCAUUUUGGAGUCCGACUCCAAGCUGUCCGAGAAAAAAUGCGAACAGAUCAACAAUUGUCUGUUGCUGCUACGGAAUAUUUUGCAUAUUCCUGAGCCAAGAGGAAACUUCAUAAUGCCCUCCACUUCGCACAGCCAACAGGGAGGCACACUUGUGGUGCCCAUGCAAAAUUCCAUUCUGUGGAAUCUCUUUAUACAGAGCAUAGACAAGGUGUUGCUGUACCUGAUGACCUGUCCGCAACGAGCUGUUUGGGGGGUGACCUUGGUGCAAUUGAUUGCUCUUAUGUACAAGGAUCAACAUGUGAGUACAUUGCAGAAACUUUUGAACUUGUGGUUUGAAGCCUCGCUAUCGGAAAGCUCUGAAGAUAAUGAAAGUAAUACAUCACCACCAAAACAGGGUAGUUGUGACUCUAGUCCCAUGUUGACAUCGGAUCCAACUUCUGAUUCUUCGGAUAAUGGCAGCGGUGGAACUAAAAAAAAUCCCAGCUCAGAGGAUCGUCGUCAAGCUUUGCGCGAAGAAACCGAAGCAACAUUGCAAGAGGUUAGUCGUAAGGGCCAAGAAUAUCAAGACUAUAUGUUGAGAGUACCAGCUGACCAAGUCGAUAGUUCGGAAGCUGCUACAGACCGAGUAACAGCAAAAUGUGAGGGAUCCCCAAACAAUUGGAGUGCAGAGAAGCAGCAUAAACAAACUAAUGAACAUACAAAGAAUGCUGAUACAUCAGAAACGCCCAGUAAACCAGCCACUAUGGAUACGGUCACUGAAGCCACUGCUAUCAAACAAGAAACACAACCAGAUGAACCUAUUUCAAACACUUCCAAAACGUCCGAAACAGACAAUAUUAUGGCACCACCUGCUCUACCAUUAAAGCCAACAAAAAAUUCCACCCUCAUCCCCUUAGCUAGUAAAGAUCCCGAAUUGCUGGAACCAUGUUCGGUAAAAUGCCAACAGAAAACUUCACAUUCGCCGCAUGUCAAACUCACCAUGGGUAAAUGUGGCCCACAAAAACGCCAAUGUCCCUCCUCACAGUCGGAACUAUCGGACUGUGGCUAUGGUACUCAAGUUGAAAAUCAAGAGUCCAUAUCAACUUCUAGCAAUGAUGACGAUGGUCCUCAGAGCAAACCGCAACAUCAGAAACCGCCAUGCAACUCGAAACCAAGAAAAGGUCAACGUACAGUAUUGAGUGUUAUAGACAAAAAGGAGUUGAGACGCAAAAAGCUGGUGAAGAGGAGCAAGAGUAGUUUAAUAAAUAUGAAAGGUCUAGUACAACACAUACCCACUGAUGAGGAUAUAGCCAAUCUACUGAAGGAAUUCACAGUUGACUUUUUGCUUAAAGGCUACAGUUGCCUGGUGGAGGAUUUACAUUCUCAGCUUCUAAUGAACUUGAAUGUGCCCAUUGAUACAUCACAUUUCUUCUGGUUGGUCACAUACUUCCUAAAGUUUGCUGCCCAACUUGAACUUGAUAUGGAACAUGUAAAUAACAUACUCACCUUUGAUGUAAUCAGCUAUUUAGCCUACGAAGGUGUUAUGCUGUGCGAACAACUUGAAUUGAAUUCCCGUCAAGAGGGCAGUGAUCCCAAUCCAUAUUUGCGCCGCAUGCAUUUGGUAGUGACUGCCAUACGAGAAUUUUUGCAAGCCAUUGAGACCUAUAAGAAAGUCACUCAUCUAAGCGCUGAAGAUCGAGAACGUCUACGUCUAUUGCAGGUGCAAAUAAGUGGCUCGGAAGAUUUGCGCAAUUUGUUUGUGCUGUUAUUGCGUCGCUUCAAUCCCAGUUUGCAUCCCAAACAAUAUUUACAGGAUUUGGUGGUCACCAAUCAUAUGUUACUUCUGAUAUUAGAUGAUGUUUCCAAGUCCGAGGAUAGUAUUCACAUUAAGAUGGUCGAUCAUGUAUCGCAAUUUGCCACUAUGGAAAUUAUGCAUUUCUAUGGCUUACUUUUGGACGAUUUUAGUAGCAAUGGGGAAUUUGUCAAUGAUUGCAUAUUUACAAUGAUGCAUCAUAUCGGUGGAGAUUUGGGACAAAGUACUUCGUUGUUUCAACCGGUGAUUUUGAAGACCUUCUCACGCAUUUGGGAAGCCGACUAUGAACUGUGUGAUGAUUGGUCCGAUUUAAUCGAGUAUGUAAUACACAAAUUCAUCAACACCCCACAAAAGAGUCCUUUGAUCACCUCAUCGGCUUCGUUGACCGAAUUGACUAAAGAACACAACAUGGAAACGGCUGUAAGCGCUUGGACUCAGGAAGAAAUGGACACCCUCUAUUGGUAUUAUGUACAGAGUAAGAAGAACAAUGAUGUGGUGGGAAAAAUUGUCAAACUUUUUGGUAACAAUGGCAACAAGCAAAAAUCAAGGAUAUCCAUCAUACAGCAAUUGUUGCAGCAGGAUAUCAUUACAUUGGUGGAAUAUGAUGAUCUCAUGAAGUACGAAGAUGCUCAAUAUCAGCGAACUCUUUUAACCACGCCUACUUCAGGUACCACAGAAUCCGGAAUUGAUAUAAAAGACAGUGCUCCCAUUCCGAGAAAACCAUCGGAUGACAUUCAAAUUCUUCGUGAUUUAAUAAUCAAAGAAAAGAAGAAACAACAUUUGGAGUGGCUGCAAAAAAUUUUAUUGGAAUGCUGUUAUGUCAAAUUGAUUUUAAGACGAACUCCGCUCAGAGAAGAUCAUCAGAAUUUGCCAUAUAUCAUGGAGCCUGUAGCCUAUCAUUCUAUAUUUAAGAACAAAUCCAUCCCCGUGGUUCAAUGGAAUACGGAUCAGGCCAACACUAUGAUGUAUCAACCGUUCGUUCUAUUGCUACACAAACUCGGCUUUCAAUUGCCCGCUGAUGCCGGCUCUGUGUUUGCCCGCAUACCUGAGUAUUGGACGCCCGAAAUGAUGUUUAGCUUGGCCAAAAAAUUGGGCCCCUUGGAAAAAUUAUCCAUCAAAUUUGAUGUCAAUGAAUUCGAGGCCAAUACCGAGCUAUCGCAAGAGCUAAAGAGUCUAGGUGCGACAACAGCCCGAAACUCGCUGAGCUCAGUAUCAAGUAUUGAGGUGGAGCUGAAUGAUAAUGAUGAUUUGGCCACCAUACCCGAAAUUGAUGAUUCCUUUGAAAUGUCCUCGCGGACAUGCGAAAUAUUUGCCGUACCUAAAGCCAAGCAUUGCAAUUCGAUCAUACGUUACACGCCUGAACCCACAGCAAUGCCUUCUGUCCCGAAUUGGCUGCAAUUAGUUAUCCACAGCAAAUGCCAACAAAAUGCCUCUUCGACAGCAGAUGUCUCAGCUGCGGCUGCCUCAUCCAGUUUGGCCAAUUUGGCCACAAACGCCUGCAAUGAAUCUGAUAUCUGGAUGUCGAGCAAUAACGAUGUUGGUGGCGGCAUACCACCAUCAUCGUCCGCACCGACACCAACAACAAGUGCCAGUGGACUCAAUCAUCUCCCGACAACAUUGCUGUCAUGUCCAUCAAUCAUCGAUGUAAUUGCCCAACAACAUGAGCCCCUCAACACCAUGGGCUAUGAUGGCAAAAAAUUGCCAACAACAUUCACAUCAUCGGCAACAACUACAAAGCCCACAGCAACGGCAGCAGCACAAACAAUGGCCAACAUCGGUAGCAACAGCAGCCAUAGUUGCAGUACAAACAACACUCACUCCAAUUCAAAUACAAUACAAGAGAAGACAACUGCAGUCGCAACACCAUCACUCAGUCGCAGUUCUACACUGGACGAUGGGACACCAUUGCUACAACCAUCACCUACUACUGGUCAAAUAUCGUCAAUGGUCCACAUACCCAGUUUACUACAUAACCUGCAACAACAACAACAGCAACAACCUGCAGCAGAUCAACUCACAGUAGAGCAGCAGUCAUUUACGCAACUACCAUACAGCGACGAUGAUGAAUCAGCAAUGAAGUCUCUGGAACGCAAUGACUCUGUUUCCAGUGGCUUUUGCACACGAAGUGGAAGCGGUACUUUGGAGUUGGAAUUGUCUGCAAUGGUGGCGGCAAUUUAUGAACAGGAGAUCGCAAACAGCGACAGCGCAUCGGUGGCCUCAGACCUAACGCGUAUGUACGUAAGCGGCGAAGAUGAUGACCAUUAAGGAACAUUUUCUUAUAAAGCGUGCAUAUUUUAUUUAUAAAUAUUUUUUGUAAUAUAGAGAAUAAGAGAAUACCUUACAAAAAUGGAAUAUUUGAUGAUACAAACUAAAGAAAUUGUAAACGAUUGGCCUUUUUAAGAAAAUGGUUUCUUCGCGAAAUAUGAAAUCAAUGUUUUAUCUAUGUAUAUUGCAAAUUAUUACAAAGAAUUUCAUAUAUACAACAUAUACAUAGUAUGAUUAUUUAUUGAAACUGUUUACGCAAGCAUUGUAAAAUGGUAUAUAUUUUUAAUAAAUGUUGAAAAAAAAAAAAAAACAAAUAACUAAUAUAAUGAAAGCAACAUACCUAAAUACGUACAAGAAGUUUUAAGAUGAAAAUUUGUGAAUUAUUAGAUGGGUGGAAACUUUAAAUGAGAUUCAAGCAUUAGAAA